GGAGAAUAUGGGAGGAAACAGGCAACUACAGCAUUGCACCCGAUAGCAAUGUUUCUGAGUGUGCAAAAAACAAAAGCAGCCCAAUUUUCACAUUCCAGGAGAAUGUUUCCUGUUACAUGUAUAUAUCUCCAGGGAGUAAGAAGGUUCCAGAGGUUCAUCAGUUUCUCCAUUUCGUACGUCGGUGCGCUAGAGCUAUAGGUGCUUCUUCUAAGAUUGGGGAACCAGAAACCACCCCACCCACAACUGGGACAGGGCGUGGCGACCCACUCACCACUCGCUCCUUAGGACAGAGGAACACCUCCUUCUGACCCCUUCCCUGGAUCCUGUCCCUGCUCAGCUUCUCAGAGAAUGUUCUGCCCCCUUUAAAUCCGAGAACAAAUGUUCCCUGUUCUGUGAGCUUCCACUUAGAGAUCUGUGGACUGUUCUUGUAACCCUAAAAAUAAGAGAUGUCAUAGUACAGGGUCAGCCCCUGAUAAAAUAAAUAAAUGAUUUUUUCAGCUCAGAUUUUUCUCAGAUCUCUCCCGAAAGGUCAGUUGUGUGUAAGAACACAACGUGUUGAACCUCUGUUACGCUGUUUGUAUUUAACCUUCCCACGUAACAAAUAUACACACUUACAUACGUAUUGGUAUGCAAGAUGGUGUCAUGAAUUUCAGGGUACAAAUAGAAGAAUAAGCGGAGCGAUUUCACUUAUAUUUAACAUUUUGAAAGUCUAUUUGGAUGAAAGUCAUACUUUUCAAUCUAUCUGGGGUUAAGGUAUAUAUAACAUAUAUAUUCAUAUGGAUAUGGAUCUAACCUAUCUUUCAAAUCUUCAAGUUUUCUGAGCCCCGUGACUGUAAGUACAACUACAUACUUCUCUUGGGCGAUGAGAUUAAUCUCUAAAAGGCCUCUUAACAAAGUGGCAAGGCUGUGGAAGGAAACUCUUGGCAAAGGGCAGAGAGUAGGGAAUUCUGGGAUGUCUAUUGACUUUUGUGGAGGAAGGAAUUUUUAAGCCCCUUACCGCCCUCUCCUUCCCUUGUAAAUGAUUGGUUUUGAAGUGUUACACCGGCCACUGUGGCCUGUUCUCUUCAGGCAGCUUUCAAGAUAGGGACUCUGCCGCUGGAGGGGACAACUUCGGGUCACCCAACAGAUCACGAAGUUGUUCUCGCUCAGGAAUUUAUUUAUAAACCUUUUAAUAACACAAUCCCUGGUUACCAGCAGGUAAGGAAUACCUUCUGCUCAACUGGAAUAUAUGCAUUUUAGCCUAUGAAAUUGUGCCUUCCUUAAAAUUGAUAGCACUUUCCUUAGUUUAUCCCCGUCUCAGUACCUUGUCAUUCUGUUCAAUCUUGUAUAGGAAAUAGCUUUUUUUUUUUACUCUGAUUUCUCCCAUCUACCCUACUAUAACACGUAACACAAAAUUCUCCAGAGUUUAUAAUGUUCAAACACAAUUUCUUCUGUCUCAACAUUGAUUUAUGGUUGAAAUAUGCUUUGAGUUUGUUAAGAUCUGAAUUUCACAACAUGGUUUGCAGAUGAGGUGAGUAGUCUGUGUAACAGACUGGGUUGGGAUGACAGUAGGAAAAAAGGAGGGGACAGGACUUAGGCGGAGACGUGGAAAUGGGAGGAGGAACCCCAGACUGGAACAUCUUGCUGAGGAGUUGAUUAAACGAUAACUUUCAUUUAUUUGUUUAUUCAAUAAAUAUUUACUUGAUGGCUUCUGUAUCUGUAGGAGAUACAAAGAUGUGCUCAAAAGAUCUAACCUAGUAAAAAUGAAACAGCACUGACUGUAUGAGGGCCCUGUGUGGAGCACCUUAUAUUGACUUUAAUUUUAAGUCUCCUGACAGCCUGCAAGAUUGGGACUGUUGACAUUCCCUCUGGUCAGAUGAAGAAGCUACAGAGACAAGUCAUUUGGUCAGGAUCACACAGAGCAUGCAAGCUACAGAGGCCUAUUUUACUCGAUGGUUUGUUCAGUUAAUCAAUCUGUCUAUUGAGUACCUACCCUCCCUGGAAGCGCUGUUCUUGGAGCUGGUGAUACUAUGGUGAAGAGGACAAGGUUUCACCCCAGCCGGGAGCUUAGAUUGUAGGAGGGAAGUCACACAAUGCACAGAUCGAAUAAAAUAUAAUUUCCUGUCAAGGAGCCGGUGAGUCUCUAAGGAGAAGAACAACAAGGAUAAGGGGCUGGAGCGCUGGGCGGGAUUAGUGGGUUGCUUUGGAUUGAGUGACGGUCAGGGAAGGCCCUUCUGAGGAAGUGGUUUUGAACUGAGGAAGUGAGCUGUGCAACGAUCAGGCAGAGGGAACAGCAAGUAGCAUGGAGGUUUGUGGGAUGGCUUGUCGGCCGAGAGGAGUGAGGAAGGGGAGAUGAAUCAGAGGCUCCGUGACGUGGGGUCGCCCCUCGCCGUGGCAAGGAGUUUGCAUUUAUUCCAGUGUAAGGAAAGCCACUGGGGGGUUGGCAGAGGAGUGACACGAGCUGAUGUGUGUUUUUAAAGACCACUCAAACGGUGGUGUACAGAACUGACUGUAUUUGAAUCCAGAUUCCUCUGACUCCAGAGCUCAAGCUCUUAAUCAAUACACAAAAAAAUACAGCUGGGGAAUGAUAACUGUUCUACGAGAAGGUUCAGAAAAAGGAGUGAUGACCCCUGUUUGAGAAUUUCAGGGAAAUCUAGGUGGGACCUGACUAUGGACUGUGCCUGGAGCAUAGACCGUAUCUGCGGGGAGAGUGGGGAUAACGCUGAAGAUGAGAUCAGGCCACGUCUCGGGGGCCUUAAAUACCAGGCUAAGGAGUGUGGACUUUCCCAGGCAGUGGGGAGACACUGCAGCUUCUGAGCAGGUGAGAGACAUGCCGAUAGUAUGCUGUGGUGCUAUGCAACAUGUGCCCAGCAGUAGUGUCUGUGAUCUGCAAAGUGGUAAGAUUGACAUUAUAUUCUGAAUUGAAUGAAGAGACCAGUUAGAUGCCAGGGUGGUCCAGGUGAAAACCAAUGGUCCAGGUGAAAACCAAGUGGCAACUAUGGGACCAUCAAGAAGGUAAAGUGAGCAACUUUAGCGGGACAGGAUAGAUUGUGUUGGGGGGCAUGGACGAAGGGAAAGGCUAGAAGCAAAGAUGACUGAAGUUUGGGGUUUGAGUGACCAGAACAUCUCCUGGCAACAUGGAAUGGCUUGAAUUAUAUAAAUACAUAAAAAUAAAAAUAGGCUCACUAUUUUAAAAAGCCAUUAAUUCAGUAUCUGAUAUUUCUGUGGUUAAUCAUAGUUUUGUGGUUUUUAGGGUGCUUUCUAAAUAUUACAUGAAUAAAUCUUCUUUAAAAUGAGUUUAGUAAUCUCCAUUAUAGAAACGGCACAUAUCCUUUAAUAUAAAGUUUGGAAAAUACAGAAAAGUGGUGAGAAGAAAAUGCUUUUAAAUCACCCCAAGUUCUUCCCAUCAUAUACCUAGUGUCACGAUUGUUACAUCUGCCAAUCCACGUGUACGUAGUUGUUUUGGGCCUCAGGAAAGUUGAGUUUAGCUCACUCCUUAGUUCAUGGCAUGCUACCAUCUUUAGUCAAUACAAAGCUCCUCUUCGAGUUUUAUCUUAAUUUUUAGUAAAUAAAGGAAUAUUUGUGGAGACACGUGAAAAGGACAACUGAGCUCUAUCUAGAUAAAGGCCUAUCAGAUACGAUGUUUACAUGUGAUAUUCAUUCCCCUUUAGACAGAAAGGUGUAUCCUGGGAAAGGGUACCGUUCUUGCUUCAGAACAAUGGUCAUGAUCCCUUAGUGCUAACUGUUCACAGAAGAAGGAGAAGUCACUACAUAACCAGUCCCUGAGGCCUUGGGUUCUGCGGAUCCUCUAUGUAAGUCAGACAUACACCAAUACACACACUUCUAUUUUUACGGAUUAAUGUCUCCACUGUGGUACCUGAAUAUUGUGACUGAGCAUUGAUGAUUGUAUCACCUCUUGAUAUUUGCCUUGUGAACUGGAUGAAGAUUUAAGCUAUAUCAAACCCAUGCACUAGAGAUUCCCCAUCCCUGACCUACUGGCAAUAUCAAGAAAAAGUAUGUACCAGGGUAUUUUUAGGCAUAUUGUAUAAGCCUCUGUAAACACUUUGUCUUCUUUUUAUUUAUUUGCAGGAAGUUCAGAAAAAAGUGUCUCUUUUUAAUCUGCAGAUGGACAUAAGUGGGUUAAUUCCUGGUCUCGUGUCUACAUUCAUGCUUCUGUCUCAUAGUGACCACGGAGGACGAAAAUUCCCUUUGAUUUUGUCUUCUGUUGGUGCUCUUGCAAACAGUGCUUGGCUCUGUUUGCUUUCCUAUUUUGCCUUUCCAAUCCAGCUUUUGAUUGCAUCUACCUUUUUGGUUGCACUUUGUGGCAAUUACACCACACUUCUGGGAGCCUCUUUUGCCUACAUAGUUGAUCAAUGUAAAGAAAAGAAACAAAGAACAAUUCGAAUAGCUAUAAUUGACUUCCUGCUUGGAAUUGUCACUGGAUUAACAGGACUGUCGUCUGGCUAUUUUAUUAGAGAACUAGGUUUUGUGUGGUCGUUUUUAAUUGCUACUAUGGCUCUUACUGUUAACUUGAUUUAUAUUUUAUUCUUUCUUGAGGAUUCGAUGAAAGAGCCUUCAUCUCAGAAUGUUUCUGUAUCAUGGACUGAAGGCUUUAAAAACUUAUUUUACCGAACUUACAUGCUUUUUAAAAAUAAUUCUGGUGAGCAACGAUCUUUGCUCUGUUUGUUGCUUUUUACAAUGAUCACUUAUUUUUUCGUGACAGCUGGCAUUUCCCCCAUUUUUAUCCUUUAUGAAUUGGAUUCACCGCUCUGCUGGGAUGAAGUUUUAAUAGGUUAUGGAUCAGCGUUGGGUAGUGUCUCUUUUUUCAGCAGUUUCCUAGGAAUAUGGCUUUUUUCUUAUUGUAUGGAAGAUAUUCACAUGGCCUUCAUUGGAAUUUUUACCACCAUGGUAGGAAUGGCUAUGACUGCUUUUGCCAGAACAACAUUGAUGAUGUUUUUAGUCAGGCUGCCAUUCCUUUUCACUGUUGUGCCAUUCUCUGUUCUACGGUCCAUGAUAUCAAAAGUGGUUCGUUCUACUGAACAAGGCACCAUGUUCGCUUGUCUCGCUUUCUUAGAAACACUUGGCGGAAUCACUGCGGUUUCUACUUUCAACGGAAUUUAUUCAGCCACUGUUGCUUGGUACAAAGGCUUCGUCUUUCUGCUCUCCGCUGUUUUAUUACUAAUUCCAGCCAUCAGUCUAUGUGCUGUCAAGUGCAUCAGCAGGAAUGCGGGAAGCUAUGUCCUUCUUAUACAAGAAGAAUCCAGCGAAGACACUUCAGACAGAUGAUUAAUUGUGAAUAAAAAAAAUCCAAAUGCUCAUAUCAUAUACCCUUGACUUCUGAAGGAUAUAAACUAGCUCCACAAUCAGUACUUCAUGAAUAAUCAAUGCUGCAAGUCCUUUCUUCUAAACUAAACAGUCAGAAAUAGUUGCUGCUCUAGCUUCUUACAGCACCGUGCACUUUGAGCACUUUAUGAAGACCACGUGACAUAUUCCCAGUAGAUAAAAGAACAAAUCUCAAGACACCUCCCACUUUGGGAUUUACCAAAGAAACUGAAACUUAUCGGUAUAAAAUGGGACUAAGAAAUCUGAUACAAUCAAAAGCAGUAAUCUCCCUGAUAUACUCCAGUCUCUCACAUUAAGACCAAGAAGAACUCUUUGUCUGACUCAGUUUCUUCAUCUGCAAAAUGACUUUUUGACCCCUCUCAAAGAUUUUGAAGGCAUAACUGUUGAAAAUUACGAUGUCAGUCGCUUAUAGGAGAAUGAUAGAAGUUUCAAGUAUUCAUAAUAUAAUUUUCUUCUACUUGGGUAAUGCUUUGUUUUUUAGAGCCCAUCAAGGUGUUAGUGAUAGUCAAAGCUCUCAGUAGCUGCAAUAUCCUUCAAAGGGAAGCACUUUAAUGAAUACAUUUUCACUUUUCCUAAUAUGUUUCAUCAGUGACAGGCAUGAUAAUAUUUCCAUAAGUAACACAGGGGUGACUGAAAAAAGAGAUUACAAAUAGUUCCUACAGAAAUGUAAAAACUGAGUAAACAGGCAAUCAUGAUGUAAAGUAACUAGUACUUAUAGAGUCAAUAUUCACUCCUUCUUUCUGUCAAAGGGUAUCCAUCUCUUACUGCCUUAUACUCAUCCUGGGACCACCAUGGUCCCUGAAAACACCGCAUCCUCUCCUGCCUCCUGUCUGCACACAAGGUUCCACUGGGCCUUCUUCCCUCCCUACGUUGAAACUUUUAAGUCUCAGCCAAGGCAUUGCUUCCGCUUCCUCCGUGUCCCUUCCGAACAUUUCUACCCUCCCCUCCUGCCCACCUCCACCCCCCCACCCCCGUCCCUGCAGGGCCCCCACAGCUCUCUGGGUACUGCCAUCCAAGCAUUUUCCCUUGUCUUGUAAUGUCUGUUCCCCUACUUGACAAUGAGCACCUUGAGGACAGGGACAAUCUUUGAUUCCUCAUUAUAUCCACAAUAAAAUUUGAAUUAAAUGAA